AUGAAAGCGGGUAGCCACAUAAAUGCUCUAUGGUUUAUCAAAAAACGUGGCAUAUUUGGCUCUAUUUAUAUUCUGACAUAUUUAUUAUUAUCAACAUUAGUCUCCUUCAAGGAUGCAACCCAUGACAGUUUUUAUGAUAAUCCGUUAUGGUAUCGUUUAGUUUACAUGUCAUUGAUAUUUACGUUAUUUCGUUGUCGUUUUUAUUCGGCUUGGUUAUUAGCCGAAUCUAUGUGUAUUACUUCAUCGUUUGGUGCCUAUCCAUUAAAAAGUAAACCUAAACCAGGACAAGGACCCACCGAUCUUAUGGCAUUGAAACAAGCGUACGAGUUAGCGCCAAACAAUAUUGAAUACGAUUUUGAAACAGUUCAUAAUAUUGAUGACUACAUGUGUGAAACAGCUUUAACAGUUCGAGAAGUGUUACGUUAUUGGAAUAUGACUGUACAAUAUUGGAUGGCAACCUAUGUGUAUAGAAGAAUUAAAUGGAAAAAAUUUGGUCAACCAAUUACAAUGGGUGUCAGUGCAUUUUGGCAUGGAAUUCAUGGCGGUUACUACUUGUCAAUGUUGACAACAACUCCUUGUAUCAUGACUGAAAAUGUGAUGGAAGCUGCUGUUAGACGUCGUCUUCAGAAUCGAACUUAUAUACGUAUUUACGACUUUUUCUCGUGGGUAUUUCGUACACGCCAAUUUGAUUAUAUGAGUAUGGGUUUUAUUUUAUUGCGUUUUGAUCUGACUAUAAGAUAUUGGAAAUCAGUUUAUUUUAUUGGUCAUAUUGCGUGUUUAGUACUUUAUAGUGUUGGUAUGAUAUUACUACGCUUAAGACCAAAAUCAAAACAUACAAAAGUUCAACAAGAUAUGGGCAUUGGUCAGCAGCCAAAAGCAUCCUCAGAACAACAUGGGAGAUUAUUGAAAGAAGAAAACAAGACAUUUUAG